AUGGUUCACGAGGAUGAGAGCAGCGACGACUACUCCAGCCUACAGUACAUGAACUCCUCCGAUGACGACAGCAUGUUGGACCGGAUCCCUGCCAGCAUUGAAGACCAAGACUACAUGGGCAUUGAGACUGGAACCAUUGUUCCCUGCGAGCAGCAUGGACUGCCAUGUGAGAGGCGUGUAGCCUUUGAGGGAUUUGAGACGGGCAGGAGGUUCUUAGCCUGUCCUCUUAAAGAAGAUCAGAACUGUGGUUCUGUUCAAUGGGUUGACCCAGAGUGGCCUCCUACAAUGCAAAAUGCACUGUUGAAGCUAUGGGAAAUGUAUCAAGACAGCAAGAGUGAUAGGAGGAAGGAUAACCUGGAGAGUUCACUCGCUAUUCAUCAUUUGACAGAAGAAAAAAAUAAACUGGAGGCCAACUAUGACAAAUUAGUUGAAGAUGUUCAUGAACUUUUGAAUGCCCAAGAGGAUAGGGUGCUGGAUUUCAGAUAUUUGCAGUCUAAGAGUGCAGAGGAGAGGAAUGCUGAGGUGACCAACUCAGUUGUCUCAGAUAUGAAGACAAAGAUGGAGAAGAAAGAGGCAGAGAUCUUCAAGCUGCAAGGGAAGUAUGAAGUCCUUAUGAACCUGACAAAAGCCCAAGGCACUGUCAUCAGGAACCUGAAGUUUAACCAUUUGAAAGAGAAUGAAGUGCUUAGUGCAGACAUGAGAAACUUGCAGUUCCAGGUUGCUGAACUAACGAAGCUAACCCAAGAAAAUCUCAAGUUGAAGCAGGAUGCUGAACUCACCCAGUCUCAGGAAAAGCUUACCCAAGAGAAUCUCCAGCUGAAGGAUCACAUUGGUGAUAUGAAAAAGGGACAUGAUAAGCUCAUCCAAGAGAAUCUCCAGCUGAAGGAUCACAUGGGUGAUCUGAAAAAGGGCCAUGACAAGCUCACUAAAGAUAGGGCUCAGCUCAAGCUUCAGAUUGCUAAUCUGUUGAAGGCAGAGGAGAAGAACAAGCAGAAGAUGAAGGGGAUCCAGGCCAUCUUGGAUGAAUGA